CCCAUUUGUUUACCUAACAAGGUCGAGCCGCAACAUCUGCAAGUAACUGGUGACGUUAUGCGAAGUUCUUAGCACAUGGUUAAUUUUCAAUAUUAAGAUCACCAUUGUUUUAUAUCAAAUUACUUUAAUUGGCUAAUAAAUGUAAGUAUUUUUAACAAAGUUCAUAAAAACAUAACUUAGAAAGUUUAAAUUCACAAAAAUUUCCAAAAAUAAUGAUUCUAUACCACAUAUUUAUUUUCAAAAAGAAGAGUACUUCGAUCACACAACAGCUGCAAUGGUGGGUAGCGGUGCCCAUUUGAUACUUUUGUGUAUUCAUAACUGGUUUUGAAAUAGUAUUGAAAGGUUCAAACGAAAAAUGGAUUGAAAAUAUAAUAAAGUAAAAGUUGAGUUUGUGGCACUUGAUUUGAUGAAAUGAUAGCGUGACAGAUUUCUGACACGAUUUCUGGUUAAGUUUCAGUACUGGGUUCGUUUCAGCUCAGAGGUCCAAAACAGCAUAUUACAUCUCUGAAGCUGAAUGUUUUUAGUUAUGAAGCUACAUGUAUCAUGCUCACCAUUUACAUAUGCGUACCGUACUCACCAUAUGCAUAUUUGUACUCCCCUCAACAUGUACAUAUAUAUACACCCAACUCAACAUGUACACAUGUGUACCGUAGGCAUCCUAUGCAUACAUGAAACAAACUCUUCAUGUAUACAUGUGUAGCAUUUCCGUCAUGUACACAUGUGUACAGUGUGUGUAGCAGUUCCGAAUCAUGAGCAGUUCCAGAUCACUUCAAUUUUAUUCUUCACACGUUGCCAAUAAAAUUAAAUGUUUUGUCUCUAGAAUGUCCCUUAGUUAAAGCAAUAAUUUCACAAAAUUUUUAGAAGUUGAGUGUCAUGUUGUUCUUCAAAGAAUGUUGAAAAAAGUGAUCCUGAACUACUUUAAUGACUAUGUUUGGAAAUGACCUCGUAAAAAAAUGAAGGCUUUCUUAUUUUCAAUUUUUUUUUUUGCAGAUUGAAAUUAACUGUCAUGAAUAUUUUUUGAAAUGUUUAUUUUAUAUUUUUCAUAAUUCUGCAUUUUUUUCUUCUGACUGACCUUUAAUUGCAGAUUUUCAAUGAAAAUCAGUAUGUACCCCGUGGCCAAACUAGUAAUCAUAGAAAUGAAAUCAUACCUUUUAUUUUUACAUCUUGUCAUAUGAACACUAAACCCCAAAGGACACAAUUCUGAUUGAUAUAUUGAACGUUUUAUGUUGGGUGAUUCGGAACUGCUACACACUGUACCCUACUCGCAAUGUACAUAUAUGUACCCUACUCACAAGCACCAGUGUCAAUGGACAGGAUACCAGUGCCAAAUGACAAGUAACCACUGUCGAAUGACAAAUUAUCACUGCCGAAUUAAAAGAAACCACUGUCGAAUGCCAGUUAACCAGUGUCAAAUGACAAGAUACCACUGCCGAAUGACAAGUAAUCACUGUCAAUGCCAGUAAACCUGUGUCAAAUGACAAGAUACCACUGCCGAAUGUCAGACAGCAAUAUAUUGUAAAGUGCACGUAUAACACAUAGAAAAAACAUCAAACCACAUAAGAAUGAAUAGGUAUCAAAUAAAUACUGUGAAAUGAGAACAUCUGAAUUAAAGGUAACCACAGCAAAAUGUCAUUUGACUACUUCAGACCGAAAAUAAACCAUCAACAUUUAUGGACAUGUACGUAUUAUUUAUUUCUGAUUUACAGCAAAUGGUUUUCUUGUAGAAUCCUUUGACACUAUAAUUAAUCUUUGCCAACUAACUUCGGGUUGAAGACUCAUGUUUUUUUUGAAACGUGUAUGUGUGACACAGCCGAUUGUUUUCGUGCACCCUCACUCAAUCUUUGUCAGCAUGUGAUAUGGUGCUCCUGGUGCUUUAAUUAAAGUUUCACACAUCCACACAGAGUUAUGGCCCUUGACAUAGUCAAAACUAUGCAUUAUAACGGCUUAAAAGUUUUUGUCGCAAAUAUCUCAAAGUUUUUGAUCUAGGAUUAUGAAAGAUUAUAGGUAUAUUAUUCAGAAUGUGUUGUGGCCCCCUGUGGUUUUGUUUGAGAUUUUACUCAGCCAGACCAGAGUUAUGGCCCUUGAUUUAGUCAAAAAUAUGCAUAAAGGGGGAUUCAAGUCAUUAAACACUACAGGAUUGUUAUAUAGAAUGUGAAGUUGUAAAGCUGGUGUUAUGUUUGAGAUUUCACUCAGCCAGAUUAGACUACUAAGUCAAAAAUACACAUUAAGUGCUUAAAAGUUUGAAUUGCAUAUAUCUUAAGGGAUAACUUAGGAGUACCUAGACGUCUAAUGAUUUAUUUUCCGCGCUUAAUUUCCAAUACAGUGUUUGUGAAUUAAAUGUGACACCAUUCCGCUAUAUCAUUUAGACCAUAUAUUCUCGGCACCUGUAUGGCGCUAAAUGGUACGUCAGAUCUUCCGUGUUUUAACGGAAACGUACAUAGACUUUUCAUGUUAGAAUUGUAAAUAUUUUAUAAUAAUUCUCCAAAAAGUUAACAUCGGAAAAUGUUAACUUCCCAUAUUAUUUCAAAUCGGAUAAUUCCAUUUUCUGUAAUAAACCUUUAAGUUCUUCAUUUUCAGGUUUUGAUGUUAUACUUCAGAAUUUAUCCAUAGUAAUAAUAGUAAGAAACCAAAGACAGACGAACAAGACUUAAAACCAUACGGAAAUAGUAAGACUUCGAGAAGUGUUGAAACAUUACAUGAGACAAGAACACAUUUCUGUAUCUGUUGCCAAAAUCAUUUUCGAAACAAGAUGAACUGAACUUUUACAGUUACAAAGAUAAAAACAGCGGUACUAAGCACCAAGCUGUAAGAAAAUUACAACUGAGCAAAUAAUGUUUAGGCGAAUUCAGUUCUUUCUGUGCAAGACUUUUGUCAACAGAUCAUCACCAAAAAGACAAAAGAUAAAUACCAGGUGAAACAACCUAUGGUUUGUCCGUUCGAUUUUUUUUAUUUGGGUUUUACGGCGCACCAACACAGCAGUUCACACGAUGAAAAAGAAAACGAAAGCAGGGAAAGUUAGUUGUUCCUUUUGCGAAAGGAAAUAUUCGACAAAAUUGGAAUUGUCUCAGCACAAGAGAGACAAGCAUAAAAUUGUACAGUGUACCUUCUGUGACAGCCACUUUUCGAAACAACAUGCGGUAUUGCAACACCAAAAAGAUAAACACACAGGGCCCAGUCAUUCUACCACAAUAUAUGCCAGAACAAAUAAUUCGAAGAAAAAGUAUUGUUCCUCAUGUGCCAGAUCCUUUACCACUGCUACUGCACUUUUACAACACAAACAAGACACACAUGAUACAACCAAAUCCACCACCAGCCAUAGUGCGCACUUUACAGAAAGGUUGCACAAACCAUCCUGCAAAAAUGUCAAAUGUGAAAUAUGCUUAAGCCGUUUCUCAACGACAAGUGCGUUGUGUCAGCACAUGGAGGAUAAGCACCAAAGAAAGCAGAAUAAUGGUCUUUUGCGCUGCACAAAUGUGAAAGAGGAAGCUACAAGCAGAAAAUACAAAUGUCCUAAGUGCGCAAAAAGUUUUUCGACAAAUGAUGCAAUGUCCCAGCAUCAAAGAGACACACACCGACCAGUACCAAAUAAUCCACAAUCCAGAAAACGUAGCCAUCACUUAGCAAUCGGUAUUAAGAAAGAAGAUGAGCCUACGAAGCAACAAAUGGCUGGUCCUUUGCACAAGAAAAGGAGGAGGACUGUCGAAGAGAUAUACGCCAAAGAAGUAAAUAUAGACAAAACUGAAAAGAAGAAAUCUGUCGAACAUGUAAAUGACAUACUUACCAAGAUAAUGGCUCAUGUGCACCGGCAACAGGGAGGUGAUAUAUAUUGUCCCAACUAUGUGAAGGCUGGCAGUUUUCCGGUUAACACAAAAAUUGGAAAGGCAGACGAAUUUGAUAUCAACGUUUGCUUAAAAUUAGGACAAAAGGAUGUAAAGGUCAGCAGUGUUAGAAAGAUAAAUUACUCCUACUCCCAGAAUAAACAUGCAACAAACAUGAACAUAAAUUGUGAGCCGGCUAUUACAAAGACACGGGUCAAGCCCCCAGAUGGUUAUGUUGUAGUGUCUGUUGACGCAGGUAUUAUUCCUGAAGGCCUUAGAUACGGGGAAGAUCUAGUUCCACGGAAGAUGAAAUAUGACCUGCAUCAGAAAAUAAGCACUGCAAUAACCAAAUUAGAUUUGAAUCCUUCAGGUGUCCAUCUCAGCAAGAUGACGCAUGGACCAGCUUUAACCAUGACCAUUCUCCCAAACAAGCACUCCGGUGUUCAGUACAAUAUCAGUAUUGACAUAACAAUAUCACUUCCAUGUGAUAUACCUAUAAUGGAGUGGCCGCGCAAGGAAACCAAGAAAGCUUUCUGUGAAAAACUUAUAAUUGAUGUAAAGGAAACUGGGACACACCUAGUACCAAAGAAGGAUGAAUUCUGGGCAAUUUCAUACUCCAACGCUGAACGAGCACUUUUCUCCAGACUUGAUGAGGGUAACGGCUGCAGAAAAUUUGUCUACAAAAUGUUAAAGAAGUACAUGCAAAUUUGUAAAUCUGGUUCUAAAAACGGCUUGCCAGGGUUGUCUUCACAUGUUUUAAAAACGCAGAUAUUGUGGUCCUGUGAGAAACAUACCUCGUCCGGGUACUGGCACAACAGUAACAGUAGCCAAUGUCUCAUCGAUGUUACAGCCGAUCUUGUGAAAACACUGAAGGAUGGACAUUUAUUCGAUUACUUUGACACAAGAGUUGAUGUACUGCAAAGUAAGGAUUCUGCAGUUUGCUUAGAACUGGCAAACUUUCUGCUUGAUAAAAAAUAUUAGUGUGAACAGAACAAAAAUUCGUAAAUUACGAGGGGCGUUCAAUAUGUAAUGUUAUUCCGUAUGUAGUUCCGUAACCGCUGGUUAUUUUUAGAUGCGGUUUUCGGCCCAUUAUAGAGCAAUGUAUUGUAUAAAUUAUAAAAAUCGGCAGGUUCAAAGUAAAAUUAUAAUCAUUUUAGUGAGGUGUACUCAGGUAUACUGGACCAUAAUUAUAAUUUAGGUUUGUCCUAGGCAUCCAGAGUCUCACUCAAAUGAUUAUAUUUUUACUUUGAAUCUACCGAUUUUUAUAACUUAUAUAGCAUUGUGUUGCCAAUAAAUUGCUCUAUAAUGUGCCGAA